AAGUUUUUUCUUUUACAAAGGAAAAUCCUUUUAAAGAUUUUCUAAACUUUGUUAAAAAAAAAAUAAGAUAAUUAAAGUUCGGAUUAAUUUGUUGAGAAUUUUCCACUGAAUUCGCCGUCGUUUUUAUCGUUUGUUGGUGGUUUUUUCUUAUUUGUGAGAAAAUUUUAAUUUUCUUUUUUUUUGCAAAUAAAAAAAAAGUACAAAAAAGGGACUCCACCGGGUGUGUUGAAGUUGAAAGAAAAACGAUUUUCCAAUUGGAAGGAAUAAAAAAAGCACGCCUGUUUGUGUGUGUGUGUUUUUUUUUUUUGUUGUUUGUUGGUUCCUUCAUUCGGUCGUGUCGGUCGAAAAAAAUCCUUUUUUCGCCGUGGUUACGUGAAUAUUACAAUUUUUACUGUUAGAAACUUGAUAAAAAACAGUUAAAAAUCGAAGGAAAUUGCGAUUUUUCUUUGUGCAAAAAUAAAAUUUCAUUCCAAUCAAGCGUUGUUGUGAAAUUUCAAUUUUGAUCCAAUUUGCAAAAUCCUUUUUUUUUCUUUUCUCUCAAAAUAGGAAUGUCCUUGUGGAUAAAAUUUGUGUUAUAAAUCAUAAAUAAAUAUAAAAUAAACAGAAAAAAAUCCAGUUCUUUUUGCUCCCGUUUUAUUACACAUAUCAGCUGUUUUUUUUUUUGUGUCUUUUUGUGAAUUUCUUAACCGUUUCGGUGCUUUUUUUUGUCCGUCGUGCGUGCGUUCAGACAAAACAAAAAGGGAGCGAAAAUUACACACAAAAAAAAAAAGGAAGAAAGAAAAUUUGGCAACAUUGCAUACAUAUGUCAAAAUUGUUAAAUCAAAGUGCUAACACAUUUAAACAAACCCUGAUUUGAUUGGGUGGGUGUUUACUAAACUAAAAUAAUAUAAUAACAACAAACAAAAAUAUUACCGUUAUUUUUUUUUGUCUGUGUGUUGUUUAUGCUCUAAUCAUCUCUCGUGUGAAUUUUUUCGGUGCGUGAUUUAUUAUUUUUUUUUACAAAGAAACAAAAAUAAGAGCUCUCCUCUAAUACAACAAAAUGGCGACCAUAAUGGCAUAUAACGGUGCUACUAACGGUGGUAGUGUUGGCGUGGGAGUUGGGGUUAGCAAUGCCGGCGGCGGUGGUGGGGGCAGCGAUGGGCCACAAAAUAAAAAAAUUCGUACGGUCGGCCAACAACCUGGCGAUCAGAUUGAUUCACAUCAACUUAAUAGGGCACAACAGCAGCAACAGAGCCAACAGCAACAGAACGUUUUGAACAAGUCAAACGAUGACCUACGAAGAAAGAGGCCCGAAACCACAAGGCCCAAUCAUAUUCUGCUGUUCACCAUAAUAAAUCCAUUUUAUCCAAUUACAGUGGAUGUUCUACACAAAAUAUGCCAUCCACAUGGACAAGUAUUGCGUAUUGUUAUAUUUAAAAAGAAUGGAGUACAAGCUAUGGUCGAGUUUGAGAGUUUAGAAGCCGCAACUAGAGCUAGAGAAAAUUUAAAUGGUGCCGAUAUAUACUCAGGAUGCUGCACACUUAAAAUUGACUUCGCUAAGCCAGAAAAAUUGAACGUCUACAAAAAUGAACCAGAUUCCAGCUGGGAUUAUACACUCACUGCAGUUAAAGAAAUUGGCAACGGUCGUUCGCCAUUACUGCAGGAGCCACUUUAUGGAACUCGUCCUCAGCCAUAUAUUGCAUUGAAAACAACUUAUUCUCAAUUUAAAGAGCCACCACUAUUGGGACCAGGCGCUGGCUUUCCACCUUUUGGACCACCGGAAUUUCAUCCCACCACCCCAGAGAAUUGGAAGGGUGCUCCUAUACAUCCGACUGGCCUAAUGAAAGAACCACCAAUAGCUGCCGGACGUAAUGGACCAGUUAAUUUUGCUGCAACAGGACAACAACAGGGCGCCGUCAUGAUGGUCUAUGGACUUGAUCAGGAAACAUCGAACACAGAUAAAUUAUUUAACUUGGUCUGUUUGUAUGGAAACGUUGCCAGGAUAAAAUUCCUAAAAACCAAAGAAGGUACAGCUAUGGUACAAAUGGGUGAUUCAGUUGCGGUCGAACGUUGUGUACAGCAUCUUAACAACAUUCCCAUUGGCAGUCCGGGCAAAAUCCAAAUAGCGUUCUCCAAACAGAAUUUCCUAUCGGAGGUCAUAAAUCCGUUCUUACUUCCAGAUCAUACGCCCAGUUUUAAGGAGUAUACUGGUUCAAAAAAUAAUCGAUUUUUAUCACCGGCACAAGCUAGCAAAAAUCGUAUUCAACCACCGAGUAAGAUUCUUCACUUUUUCAACACACCACCUGGUCUAACCGAGGAUCAACUGAUAGGCAUAUUCAAUAUCAAAGAAGUUCCAGCCACAUCGGUGCGAUUGUUCCCAUUGAAAACCGAGCGAUCAUCAUCAGGCCUGAUUGAAUUCUCAAAUAUUUCUCAAGCUGUGCUUGCUAUCAUGAAGUGCAAUCAUCUUCCAAUUGAGGGUAAAGGCACAAAAUUCCCCUUCAUAAUGAAACUUUGUUUCUCAUCGUCAAAAAGCAUGAAUGGCGCAUGGAAUAAUGCGACCAAUGAAGGUAUCAUUGAAAAAGAAAAUGACGGUGGUGAUUUAAAACCGGAUGCCUACAAUUGAGAUUUAAUUAAAAUUUUAUAAAAACAUUAAUUAAUUAAUUAAUAUAUAAAAAAAAAUAAUUAUUACAAAACAAAAUUAAUUAAUAAAAAAAACUACAAAGAAAAAAAAAUUAAAAAAAAAAAUAGAAAGAAAAAAACCACCAUCCCCACGCAUGAAACAACAAAUUAAUAAAUAAAAAAAAAAAAACAAGGAGAAGAAGAAUAAUUUUAAAAGAAAAUCCCGAGAUUCAUCGUUUUUUGGAAAAUUCUUAUAAUGUUUUUUUUAUUAAAAGAAACAAAUUUAAAAAAAAGUAAUAAUGAUAAAGAAAGCAUAUAAAUAUGUUACUAAUUUUUUUUUUCUAAAGAAAAAAAAAUGAUACAAAAAAAAAACAACAAACUAAUGUUAUGUUUAUGUUUUUUUUUUAUUUGUUUUAUUUUGUUUUUAUUCAAUAAUUUUGUUAUAUCGUUUUUUUAUUUGUUGUAUUUUUCAAUUGUAAGAUUUUUUCUUCCUUCUUUCCUUGUAGAGUAUUAAUGUAUUUAUAAAAUACGUAAUUAAAAAUAUGAAUUAUUACUGAUUUUUGUUUAUUCAUUUUAAUAAAAUAUUAGACUAAUUCAUUCUAUGUAAACAUAUACAUAUAAUUAUAUAUAUAUAUAUAAAUUAUUUAUCAAAUUUGUGGCCCAAAAAAAUUAAAUUAUAUUUUAUUUAUAUUUAGCAUGUUUCGUUCUCAUUUUGUUUUAGAUUAAAAUUUUCAAACAAACAAAAAUGAUAAAAAAAAACUAAAUAAAAUUUAUUUAGAAAAAAAAAAAUAAAUAUAGAAAAUUUGUAAUUAAAUACAUAUUUAAUUUGACAAUAUUGAUGAAUAAAAAAAACAUUAAAAAAUGUUUAAAAAAAAAUAUAAAAAAAACUGAACUACUUAAAUGGAAUUUAUUAAUCAAUGGAAUAAGUUACUUAAAUCAAUUAAACAUAAAUAAAAAAAAAAAAUUAGACUAGACAGAAACAAAUCACAUUGGUUAGACUAGUAUUAUUAUUUUUUUAAUUUUAAAUAAAACGAAGAAACAAAAAUAAAAUGAACCUAAGCAACAACAAUUUAUUAACUUUAAAUCAAAGAGGACUAUGACAAAAAAAAUGGUUAAAUACCUAAUAAAUUAAACAAAAAAAAAUAUUUAAUUUUAUAUAAAUUUAAGUAACUAUACAAACAAAAAAAGACAUAAUUAUAUUAGUUUUUUUUUUUCUCUUACAAUAAUUUUUUCUUUUGAAUUUUCUUUCCUUUUUUUUAAAUUAACUUUAAUCCAAUUUUACUUAAAGUAAAAAACUAAAUACAAUAAAAAUAAAAUAUAAAUUAACUAACAUUUUCUUUUCUUAGUUUUAAAUGAAAGCAUGUGUAUAAAUAAAAAAAUAAAAAGAAUACUAAUACAAAAGAAAGGAAUAUUUUUAAAUAUUUUUUAAUUUAUAUACAAAAAAAAAAAUUAAUAUGUAUACAGAAUAAUAAGAAGAAAAAUGCUAAUUUUUGUUAAAAAUGGUAAAGAAAAAAAAAACAAAAUAAUUGUAUUCAAACAAGAAAUUCAGCAAUAUAUCAGAAACAA